CUUUCAUUAUUUAGGGAAAUAUAGAUUGGACAUUUCUGGAAAGAGGUGGGCUACAUUAUUGUAUUGACUGUUGGUUUCAGUACAUCUCCCUCUUGAACAUGGAAUAUUUAUCAUGAAUUCAUUCCCAAAGUAAUUAAUAUAAAAAAGGGCCAAUUUGUACUUAAAUGUUGAUAUUUUGCAAGAAAACAGGCUGAUAGCUCUUAAAAAGAAAAGAAAAAAUAAACCACCCUUAGGUAAGCAGGUUAAGGAUAUGAUGUAAUCAUGUGUGUGAAUAAAAUAAGACAACACAGUUUAGUAAAUAGAAGAUAAUGGAGUUACACUGGCAGUAAUGGAUAAUGAUAAUGAUUCCUAAGAAGAGUAAUUCAUGUAUAGAGACAUCUGAAGCAACCCCCCACCCUUGAGGUAUAUGCGACUCUUCGUGUCCUUGGUUUGAGAGGCAUUAAAUGUAAAUUGCGUGUGUACAGGCUACAUACAGUGUAUAUUGUGUUGCAUCAUUGUUUCCUUUUUUUUUUUCCUUUUUAUUUUUUUCUUUGUGUUUCUAUGUAAGCAGAUCACUUACUGGUAAGAAGUCUUUGAAUUGAUUUUUAACAUGAUUUUUACUAUUUGUUACCAGCGGCAUAUUCUGUUUUGUAUUGUAUUUUGUAAUUCAGUCCUUUCCUCUUGUAAACUAUUUAUGCUUAUUAAAUUAAAAUUUGUACUCGCGACCUUCGUAUAUCUAAAGUCCUGGCUAUGACCGUGCCCAGAGCCACCAGCUACCAGUCUAUUACUCAACACAUUUUAUGUCAUUUGGGCUGCCUGGUGGACAUUCCUCGUAGAGAACAAACAAAUUAAAUCACAGUCCAUUCAGUGCGGUUAAUCCAGUUCCAUAUCUUUAGCCCGGGCUCUGUGGAGUGUGACAGUUCAAUCCGAGUGGAACCGCGUGUCCUGGAUUUCCUAACCGCUCCCGCUGCUGCUGGUUGGCUACAUUGUAUCAGUUCCCACUAGAAGAACCACCACGGCGCUCAUCCAGAAACGGUGAAUACGGAGGAAUUAACCUGGAUGGGAAGCUGUUAACUGUGGGAUUAAUUGCCACAAGGUCGCGGGAGUGGACUGGACUGGUGUCGGGCUUGAGACGGCACCGAUAAAAAUGCGUUCCGGACUCGGUUGUUUUCGAUGUGGACGGUAUCUCGAAGUGUGAUGGCAGAAGUCCAGUGAAUCGCUGGCCUCCCCUCCUCUCUUGUGUUGGAUGUCUUGGGGAGUGCGCUGCCACUGGUUUCUGGUGCUUCAGAUUUUUUUUAGAGGUUUUGUUGUAAUUCAAGCCCAUUACUCUGAUUUGAUCUUUUUAUGGAGUGCACACCACCAUGGACAGACCGGGGGUUUGGAAUAAGAGUGACUAGCUAAGUCGGGAAUAUGUGGUUAAAUGGGACAGGAACGAGUAGACCGUGAGGAUUCUCUAACCCGUGCCCCGGAGUCCCAACCGUCUGAGAGGGUGUCGGACCUCACUGAGGCAAUCCUGGGCCGUUGGCACUAAAAUGUCCCUAAGUGGUGGCACUGCAGGCGGGAAAGGUGUGGACUCUAAUGCGGUGGACACUUACGACAGCGGGGAUGAGUGGGAUAUUGGUGUUGGAAAUCUGAUUAUUGACCUCGACGCUGACUUAGAGAAAGACAAACUUGAGAUGUCUGGUACCAAGGACGGCAUGGCGGCACCACCCAGUGCAGUGGCAGCAUUGCCUGACAACAUCAGGUUUGUUAGUCCAGUGUCUGGCUCUCAAGGCAAGGAAAGCAAAUCCAAAUACAAGCGCAGUAAGAACUCUAAAGACAAUAGUAGCAAAGCUUCAGCUGGAGAUGGGGGCAAAAAAGAAACUACAGGACGGACUCAGGGGGAGCCAACAGGCACAGCAGCAAGUGCAGGAGCUGCUGGUAGUAAUUCCACCUCUGGAAGGAACAUGGAAAAGGGGGGCAAAGCCUCCCGAGGUGUUCUGAGUGGUAAAAAAGAGAAAGAAGGGGCAACUGGGAAAAGUAAGAAGGACAAAACAGAUGGAGCCCCUGUCGUGGCAAUAGCUGCUGCGGAGAAGGAUGUUGUGUCUCAAGCCCACGUCGCUUUGGGGAAUAGUCGUAAUACGUCCUUUGAGAACACACAAUCAACGGACUUGGCAGAAGCCAAUCAAAUGGGGAAUAUUGCACUUGAACCUGUUGGGAUAGUACCAGCAUUGGCCACAAAAACUGAACCAGAGGAGGUGGAAAAUGGUAAUAGUGAAUGCAAGACGCUAAAGAAGGUGAAAAAUGAGAAGAUGGAAUCUCCUGUCUCCACGCCAGCCCCUCCCCCCCUCCACCUCCUGGCCACAGUAGGCAACAGUGAGAUUGCCUCGCCGUGCGAGCAGAUAAUGGUGCGUACACGCUCGGUAGCAGUGAACACAUCCGAUGUGGCCCUGGCUACCGAACCUGAGUGCUUGGGGCCCUGCGAGCCUGGUACCAGUGUCAAUCUUGAAGGCAUCGUGUGGCAGGAAACUGAGGACGGUAUGCUGGUGGUCAAUGUUACUUGGAGAAACAAGACGUAUGUGGGCACCCUGUUGGACUGUACACGGCAUGACUGGGCUCCCCCCAGGUUUUGUGAAUCCCCUACAAGUGAUCUGGAGAUGAGAAAUGGCCGCGGUCGAGGUAAGAGAAUGAGACCGAACAGCAACACCCCUAUCAACGAGAACAGCAACUCAUCUGACAACAAGGGUACCACCAACAACAAGACACGUGCUGCCUCUAACAGCAAGGGCCGAAGGGGCAGCCAGACGCCAUCAGAGCGCCGCACUCCACCGAACAGUAACACAGAGGACAUCAAGGCCAGUCCCUCCUCAGCUGGGAAACGCAAGACCAAACCAGCCUCAGACAUGGAACCGAAUUCCAGCUCAGAGGACACCAAAGGCAACAAACGUAUGCGGACAAACUCCAACAGUGGAGGGGUGGGACCAACAGGUCUGCCUAUCCCUUCUAUUAAGACUGAGCCACUUCCACCUCCCCUCGAUCGCAGCUGCCCCUCUCCAGUUCUUAUUGACUGCCCACACCCUAACUGCAACAAGAAGUACAAGCACAUCAAUGGUCUAAAGUACCACCAAGCCCGUGCCCACAAUGAUGAUGACAUUAAGUUGGACUUAGAUGGAGACAGUGAAUACGGAGAGGAUUCAACUCUCCACCCUGAACCAGGGAACUGUAAUGGAGCCUCUAUCUCUCAGAAAGGAUCCUUGUCUCCAGCACGUUCAGUUACUCCAAAAGGCAGGAACUUUGAUGCUCAAAGUCCUUCCCCAUCUCCUGGCAAGUUUGGUUCAAAGCAGAGUAAAAAGAAAAUUGCUGAGACAGAUCCAGAAACAGGAGGUACACCAAUGGACGGGUGUGAGGAUGGGCCAUGCCUCACUGAUGAGGCCAGUAAUGAUGGUUUAGAUGAUAAGAGAGGAUCAGACAAGUCCAAAAAGAGUAGCACUGGCACAAAGGCUGAUAAAAUGGCCCAGAAAAACAUGAAGUCUCCACGGCCCAUUGGCCCUGGCUCUACUGCAUCCCAGCAAAUGUACUCUUUUCCUCCUGGAAACCCAAAUUCUUCCCCAGGGCUUACCCCAAUGAUACAAGGUAUCCCUAAGAGUCCGCAAAUGAAAGGCACACAGCCUAAACCCCCUGCCAUUGGAGAUCCUGCCUCAGGUAGUUCCAAAGACAAGAAGAAGAAAGACAAGAAGAAAAAAGAUAGUGGAAAGGAGGCUGACAGCCCCAAGCCUCCGGGAAAGGGAGGAAAACUAGAGGAAGGAAAACUUCCAUACUCUGAACCUUCUGAUCAAGGAAACAAGGGGGAAGGACUCCUCAAUGGCUCCUCAGAUCUUCAUCAGAGUCGCUUGGCCAGUAUCAAGGCUGAGGCUGACAAGAUUUACAGCUUUUCUGACAAUGCCCCUAGCCCAUCCAUUGGUGUAGCCAGUCGAAUAGAUGGCAGUGGGAUGCCGCAGCCUCUAACGCCACUUCAUGUGGUCAACCAGAAUGGUGCUGACAAUUCAUCAGUCAAAACUAAUAGCCCAGCAUAUUCAGACAUUUCAGAUGCUGGUGAGGAUGGUGAAGGGAAACUAGAAGGUGUCAAAGUCAGGACAGAGGACCAAGCCAUCAGGGAAAGUGUCAAAAAAGCACUCUUUCCAAACCAGACACCCAACAAAGAGUCCCCGUACUAUGCCGGCUAUGAUGCGUAUUACUCACCCAAUUACGUCAACCCCAGUCCCAGCGGGCCCAAUCAAGGCACACCAGUGGCUGAAGGUCAGGUUAAGAUCAAAAGGGAUGAUGACCAAGACCAAGUUGAGGAGAAAGUCAAAGUGGAGGUUCAUGAAGACCGCAAACCUGACAGCAGUGCUCCUGGCCAGCAGCAGCAGCAACAGCAGCAGCAACAGCAACAGCAACAGCAGCAGCAACAGCAACAGCAACAGCAGCAACAGCAACAGCAACAGCAACAGCAACAGCAGCAACAGCAACCCUCAGUCAUCCAACAGCGAUCCAACAUGUACAUGCAACCUCUUUACUACAACCAGUAUGCUUAUGUCCCUCCAUAUGCAUACCAUCCUGAUCAAGCCUACCAUAACCACUUGAUGAACACCAACCCAGCCUACCGGCAACAGUAUGAGGAGCGGCAGCGACAGAUGGCUGAACAGCAUCGUGCUGCUGAGAAAAAGUCAGAUGUAGCCAUAAAAGAAAGAGAAGCCUCCAUGAAGGAGGAGUGGAAACAAAAAAGCCCAAUGCCACCAAGCCUCUCCAAAGCCCCAAGUCAGUCAGACCUCGGAAAAACGCCACAGCCCCCAGGAAAAUCAAGGGACUCGCCCUCUGAACCCUCUUCAAAAACUAUUGGAAGCAUAAAAGGAGAGGACCAGAAGUCCCAGCAAGCUGAGGGGCUAAAGAUGAAGCUGACUGAAGGGGGCCACCAUGUAAAGGAAGACUCCAAGCAAACACUGGAGUCCAGAGGUCAAGCAGGGCUGGAGCAGGCCAUAUGGUACAGACAGCAGUACCCCGAGAGCCAGAAGCCCCAAGCAGAAGACGAACACCAGCAACAACAACCUCGAUGGAAAGACGAAAGGGACAGAGAACGGGAACGUGAUCGUAAAUUAAAAGACGAUAGGCCCAGGCCCAAGGACAAUCAAAGUGGGCCCAAGGAGGACGGCAAAGAGGGUUGCGAUCCCAGAAUCACUUCUGAGGACCACCGGGCUAUGAGCAAAGACUCUCGUUCCAAUCCCCACAUGCAGUUUUCAUCACCACUAGCGCAGCACCAAGGCUACAUGCCCUACAUGCAUGGUUACCCCUAUGGACAAGGCUAUGACCCCAACCACCCUGGAUACAGGGGCAUGCCCUCAGUCAUGAUGCAGAAUUACCCAGGUUCUUACCUACCCGGAGGUUAUCCGUUUUCUCCAUAUGGUAGUAAAAUAGCCGGAGGUGAGGAAGGCAACGACAAAUCUCGUGCUAGCCCCACUGUCACCAAAACGGCAACAGACUCCAAAGCCUUGGAUAUCCUGCAUCAGCACGCCAGCCAAUACAAGAGCAAAUCCCCCACAGUAGGUGACAAGCCGCCCCACGACAGGGAGAGGGAGCAGGACAGAGGAGCUGCUGGAGACAGAGAACGGGAAAGGGAGCGUGAGAGGGAAAGAGAAAGAGACGUGGACCGACCGCGCUCCUCCCCCUCCCAGCGUAUCAUGCCCUCUCACCACCACCUAGCAUACCCCCUGCUCUCAGGGCAAUAUGACCUGUCCUACGCCACAGGGAAACCUGACCGUCACACCUCAACCCUGCAAAGAUUCAUGUGACUGGAUCACAUGAGAAGAAGAUCUCCCGGGUGUUACCUUUUAGACAUCAGUUGAAUGGUGUUUCUAUCUAUAUUUUUAUUUCUUCUGCUGAAAGGCUAGGCAGAUUGUCGUUUUUUUUUUUUUUUCUCCCCUCGUAAAUGAUCCCAAAUUCUCCAAACCUUGGACUGUAACAGGACUGAUAAUAACCCAGGUUCAAAGCCAUUACUCUGCCCCAUCAUGCAGAGGAAACACCAACCCGCUGAUUAUCUAGUCUUUGCACUGUCAACAAAUACAAUGCAAAAAGAGACUAUUGGACUGCCAGAACAGCUUUUUUUGUUGUGUGUGUUUUUGUUUUUUGUUUUUUUUCCUUUGACUGCAUUGUUUUUUUGUCGCACGCAGAAAGAAAUUGGCAGUGAUUUUGGGGAGUUGGGUGGCUGAUGGGAAAGGGGAGUCAAACUAAAUUAAAGACUGACAAAAAAAAGUGAAUCAUAUUGAAAUGAUUUCAACUCUAUGUCUUUGGCUUCUCGUAUGCCGUGAAACAACAGUAUAUCCUUAACUUGACAAAUGUUCGGCUAUAUUUUGUGGGGAGAGGGAAUAUGGCAGCAGCUGCUUUCUUCAGAGACUUAAGAGCCUGAGACUGAAGUUUUUCAUUUUCCAUCGUCAUUGUUAAUUCCCAUCCUCUUUGAACCCUCAGUUCUUGUUUCAGGGAUGAUGUCGUCAUGUUUUGCGAAGGGACCGCAUACACCUCAAUGGAGAAUAAACACUAUUCAUGUUUUCUUUUCUAUCAUAUCAUUGUGUUCAUCAUUGAAUGUGUCUGAUGCUGGUAUUAGUCCUGUUUUUUUUCUUUCUUUUUUGCUCUCAAUGAAAGAGUCACAUCUGUCUUCACGCUCACUCAAAACGGUGAAGCCACAUUAGCAAGCGAUGAAUUCACGGGGCAUUGUCAUCACUUCAUUAGGCCACUUGUGGGUUUUUUGUUUUGUUUUGUUUUUUUGUUUUUUUAGUGUUUUUUACUGUAAGACUGUGCUUCAUUCAAUCAAGUUUGAUUGUUUUCUGUAAACAAUGUGAAAUUUCACUCAACUCAUGUAUUUUUCUGCUGUAAUAUAGACUUUUAGCCUACUUUUAUGUGCAUAAAUGUUUAUAUUUAUCCCAGCACGCGACUGUUUCCAAACCGUCACUGUUAAAUAGCUUCCGGACUUCACAGCGUUAAACAUUUUGUGCUCAGAUCAUUGCAGAGUCUCUCUAGAUGUCUCGGUGUGCUUCUUCUUUGCCCCGGCUUUGGUUGUCUUUUUCUUUUUUUUCUUUUCUUUUUUUUAAUUAUAUGAUGAACUUUUUCAACACAUCACAACCUUGGUGCACGUCUCCAUUCAUCUCAACAUGCAGUGUGCGGUUAGACCGGUUCCAGACCUGUGAAUCGCUGUCCACAUCAUGGCAACUCAAACUGACAAUUCAGUCAGAUUAAGAGAAAACAAAACGGUAAAUCAGUCUGAUAUUUUUUAGGCUAUUGUGCACUAUAAAAAAAAAAAAAAAAGGACUGAAUUUCUCUUGGUGCUUCGCUUGCUUGUGUGACUUCACCAUAACACACUUUCACCUCAGGCAGUUGUUAGCAUGGUUUUCUUGCCAGCGGCUAGCUUUGGAUCAGUCUGAAACUGGGCCAGUGAGUCUGAUACCUCAGACACCAGUUUUCUUUGUUCAGUUGCUGCCUGUGCUGUAAGGUCAACUACUGGCACAUUAAACAAAAGUGCAUGAAAUUAACCCAAAAAUAAAAAAUAAAAACCUCUUUCUGCUGUUACUAUUAUAGAACAAACAUAAACCAAUCAGAUGCAGACAAUGAACUAAAUUCACAAGAAAGGGUGAGCCAGAGAAAAGCUUGGAGCAAAAGCUAACAUGGUGAAAACGAAUGAAAUGGGACCUUGAUGACGCACACACGACUGAAGUGGGAAGGCUCAGAGUUGCCAGGUCAGCUGAAAAGAAGCAGCUGACCUGGCUCUAGGCUUUCCUUUGGAUCUCAAACUGAUGGUGCCACUCUGUAAAAUUAAACCAAGUCUGGUUAACUUAAAAAAAAACUACACAAAGAGCCAAGCGUCAAUAUGGCCUGUUCUACCAGAGGUCCCUCUUGGCUUUGAAUUACAGUUCUCUCAUACCUCAGGGGUUGUAAGUGAAAUUCUAUCCAUAUGCUAUUUGCAUUGAUUUGAGAGGGCUUCUGUUUAUGGGUGUGAGAAAAGCACAUUUUCUGCUCUGAGCUGUGUGUGCUGUUCGUUCAGAAAUGACAAAUUGGCCCAUGAUUGACUGUUAAUAUGCCAUACCAUGCUGUUGUGGGUUGUGAACAAUCUUUACGUUCCUCUAAAAAGCAUUAUAAUGAGAGUAGAUUAUUGACCAUGUUGUCAUUAAAUUUAAUUUUAUUGAUUUUGGUUUUACAAUCACCUUUAGUGUCCCCAUUGUUGUAGUUUUUUUUUUUUUUUUAAAUUUAACACUGUAUGUGAUUAAGUCCGUAAGCCACCAGUUAAUCUCGUGUCUAGCACCCUCUGAAGUUGGAUGUUAGCGGUUUGUUGAGACACUACUCAUGAUCAUGAAACUGCAGCUCUUCAUUUUGAGGUUCUUGGACAUUCCAAGUAAAUAAGUUGUCAGUUUCUCCUUCCACAAAUUUUUGCCAGAUGGUUUAUCGUUUGUCUUUUUGCGCAUUUUAAAGAAGAAUGGCUGACAUGAUUAAGAUGAAUGUGGUGGUGUUUGACUUGUACUUAAUCUGUAAGGGUAAUCUAGGCAGCUGUGAUGUUGUCAUUAAAGUCAGUGGGUUUUAGUACCAGCAGACUGCAUACAUAUAGUUUUAUCAGACAAUGGUUGUGACAAGUGCAUUUGUUCUCUCUCUGAGAGUAGUAAUGUUAUCUCAGUAGUAAGCAAAGCCCAGUGAAAAUCAUAUAUACUAAAGUGUAUGAAAAGCCAGAAAAGUAAUGUUUGCUAUAAACAUAUUGGAAAGUGCUUGGCUCUUGUAUUUUGCAGGACUGUAUUUGUUUCAUGGUGAAGAGUAUAUUUAUUGGCCAGCAGUUGUCUCAAUUGGUGCCUAGUUGAACAUUCUUCUGUGAAAACACAGAGACACUUGCUCGUUUGUCCUUUCCUGACCCACCUACUGUCACACAAAACCCCCCCAAAGUACCAGGACUGGUGCUUGCAAGGAUGUUUACAAUGUCUUCAUUUUCUUUCUGUGUGAGAAAUUCAGAACUCUUCCCCCUCUCCUCCUUUCUCCCUCCCUUCAGGAGUUUGUGUAAAGUGUACAUUACCAUGGUUCUUUUUUAUACAAUACUCUGUAACUUGCCUUUGUAAAUUUGGGCUGGAAAAAAUAAAUCUUUUUAUGAGA